GACGUGUCCUCACCCCAUGUCAGCCAGGUAGUAGCCUACAGUACUGACAUUUACUGGACUACACACAGUCAGGUUGGAUUAUAUGUAUACUUUACAAUCUAUCAUCCGACUCAAAACUUUACUCACGUUUAAUAUUGGGGGUCAUUAUGGCGGUGUUUGACAACUGUAACGUGCUGUUAGAUGUGAGGACUUUGCCUUUUAAAGAGAAGAAGAAGCUGAGGUCAGCUCUUCUGGAUAAUGGAGGAAACAUCAGUUAUGUGAUUAACAAACAGUGCUCUUUUGUGGUGACCAGCAGUGUGGAUGAUCUGAGCAGUAACAGACAGAAGAGCAUUCACAAGCUUCAGAUCCCUGUGGUUGGGAUGCAGUAUGUAUGGAGUUGUCUGGAUAAAGGUCAUCUCCUGCCUUUUGCAGAGCAUGUUUUGACCCCACAACUGACACACCCCAGUUCUCAACACAGCUUCCUACGUAAUCCAGAUGUAAAAGUGUUGACUCAGAUACCAGUAAAAGGGACUAAUAUUCUUGAGAAGGGCGGACCCCGUCCCGGGAAGUUUAGAAUUUACAAAGGUGAUCAGGAUCUGCCUGAAUUUCCUUCACAUUUUCAAGUGGCCAAGUAUUCUUUUUUUAAGAAGAAUAACUCGAAUACUUUAUCAGUUUUGGAGCUACAGAGUGCCAAAGGAAGAGCUGGUCAACAGUAUCGCGUCUUAUGUUCAAUCUUGCAUGAAUCAGAGAAGAAAGUGGUAUGGGACAAGCUUGUGUACUGCAGCACCUCUGAAGAUGCUCUGGAAGCGUAUGUGAUGCUGAUGAAAGAAGAGAAAGAUAAAGGAUUCACACAGAUUUUUACACUUCCCCCUGAGGCUGAGCGCUUGGCAUCUGACAGCUUAAAACAGCUUCUUUUGGAGGAGAAGCUGAACUGCAGCACACUAUCACAGGAAGUGGGCGUCUUUGUGGAGCUGGUUUGGACCGAAGCUCUUGGUUCCCUUAGUAAAAUCCUCACGGGCCCUGUUUCCAGCAUCAGCCUUAAUGAUGUGAGCAGGGUGGAGGGAUUGCUGCUGCAGGCACAAAAGACUCAAGAUGAGGAGAAAGUCAAGACCCUGCUGGAGGAGGUCAACACUCUUUUACCCCUUCAAAUAGCCGACCCUCCUUCCAAACACAAACUUGUGUCUCAGAAACUAGACCUUUGUCAGCUGAUCAGAGAUAUUUUGAAUGUGAGUGAGGCCACUAUGAGAAGCCCCUUGCCCUCCUCUUUGGGAAAGUAUCGUGCCCUGAGGUGCAGCAUUGAUGUGGUCCCAUCAGAAAACCCUGAGUUCACUGUUAUCUCUCAAAUGCUUCAAGAAAAACCUAUUCAGAUUCAGCAGAUUUUACGCGUGAGCAGAAGGGUGGAGCUUCAGAUGUUUAGGGAGGAGUUAGGCAACAUUAAGCCCCUCCUCCACUCGACUGGUACCAGCAGUUUUGUUGGAAUCCUUUCACGAGGUUUGCUGCUGCCCAGGGUCGGAGUGGAACAACACGGAAUUGAGAGGACAGAUAUCGGGAAUCUUGGAGGAGGCAUCUACUUCAGUGAUUCUCUGACGACUAGUGUGAAAUACUCCAAGCCCAGCGUAGCCGAUGGCUCUCGACUGCUGUUGGUGUGUGACGUGGCUCUGGGCCAGUGCAAGAACCUGCUGAAAAGAGACCCCACUUUGACCUGCACCCCCGAGGGCUAUCACAGUGUACAUGGAGUCCGCCAAACUCCAAAAACUACCUCAGAGUUUCAGGAUGAUGAGUAUGUUGUAUAUAACACAGAUCAGAUCAAACUCAAGUAUGUAGUGCAGUACACUUUAGAGGAGGACCAGCUGACAGAGUUUCAUCCUCAAAUCGACACUUCUGAGGAGCUCUCACAGCCCACCGAAAUAAUCUUGCCCAUUGAUGACAGUGAAGGUCUGGAGUCCACUAAGAAUCCUCUAGAGGAGAUGACCGCAGGUCUCCUGGACAGCAGUGGCAAGACACUUCCUCUGAAGGCUGUCCAUGUGCGGUGCAAAUUGAUAGACUUGUUUUGUGAGGUCAUCAUUUUUCAGACUUACGUAAACCAGAGUGAAGUUCCCAUUGAAGCAAAAUACGUCUUUCCACUGGAGGAAACGGCAGCGGUGUGUGGAUUUGAGGCCUUUAUCAAUGGAAAGCAUGUCAUUGGAAAGGUAAAGGAAAAAGAACAGGCUCGUAAGGAAUACAGAGAAGCAGUAGGGAAGGGUUAUGGAGCGUAUCUAAUGGACCAGGAUGAACCUGAUGUAUUUACUAUCAGCGUUGGGAACCUUCCUCCAGGAGCCACAGUUUUGAUCAAGGUGACCUUCAUCACUGAGCUGGUUGUGAGAGGAGGCUCCAUCAUCUUCUCUCUGCCCGGCAGUGUAGCACCGUGGCAGCAGAGUGCCGCUCUCAAUCAGAAAACUCAGGGAACUGUUGAGAAGAUCUCUGUGACAGAGCUUCAGUCAAAGGGGGAGUUCUCUCUGUGUAUGUCCAUUGAAAUGCCUUAUGAGAUCAUCAACUUAGAGUCUUCACACCUCAUCAAAAUCAAGAGGACAGACUGUAAGGCUGUGAUCAGUACUUUGCCAGGACAAACUCUUGGAUCUGAUGGGCUCCAGGUGACCUUCAGCCUUUCUAAGAUCCACCUGCCCAGAAUGUGGGUGGAGAAACAUCCAGACAAAGAGAGUCAGGCCUGCAUGUUGGUAUUUUAUCCAGACUUUAAGUCCAACUCUGAAGGUCCAUCCAGUGUGAGUGAUGUCAUCAUCCUGUUGGACACCUCAGAGUCAAUGCGGGGAGACGCCAUGCUAAACGCUCGCAGGAUUGCUCUUCAAGUCCUUAACUCUUUAGACCGCUCACUAAAGAUCAACAUCAUCUUUUUUGGCACUGAUUACAAGGAAGCGUUUCCUGCACCAGUGCUCUUAGAUGAAACCUUUGAAUCAGCCAGAAAAUUCAUUAUGUCGUGUAAUGAAACGGGUGGCAGCACUGAGUUGUGGAGGCCUCUCCGUAGCCUGAGCCUGAUACCUCCAUCACAUGGCAUGAGAAACAUCCUGCUGAUCUCUGAUGGACACGUACAGAACCAGGCGUUGACUCUUCAGCUGGUCAGAGAAAACUCCUGCCACACGCGAGUCUUCACCUGCGGCCUCAGCCUGACAGCUAAUCGUCAUAUGCUCAGAGCUUUGGCUCAAGCAGGCGGUGGGACGUAUGAAUUUUUCGACACAAAGAUGAAACACACAUGGACAGAGAAGGUGCGUGCUCAGGUUCAGCGGGUGGAGUCUCCCGGCUGCAGAUCAGUGGCUGUGAAAUGGCAGCAAUUUAAUCCCACAGCGCCCCCUCCUGUUCAGGCCCCCUCACAGCUUCACGCUCUCUUCAGUGACUGUCAUACACUCGUGUACGGCUUUGUGCCACACUGUACUCAGGCCAUGUUGUUUGGUGAUCUGAGUGGACAGGAGAUAAAAACAAUGGUGUCGACCACUGAACUUCAAAAGACAAAAGGAACUUUCCUCCACAAGUUAACAGCCAGAGCGAUCAUCAGAGAUUAUGAAGAUGGCAUACUCGGAAACAGUGAGGCAGAACAUGAGGGAAAGAAAGCAGAGCUGAAGUCUUACAUCACUGAACUCAGUAAAGAGUUCUCCGUCUUGUCUCAGUUUACCAGCUUUGUGGCAAUUGAAGAGAGGGACCAGAAUCAGCUUGACACUGGAUUCACAGAUAUUCCUAAACUAAUUGCAGAAGAGGAUGUGGAUAUUCUGCCUUAUAUAGGCUGGACUGAGGAUAAAGAGGUAGACUCCUUUGAAAGCAUGGCCUUGGAUUUGUGGGAUAGCCCUUCUGGGCCCCCUCCUCCGCCUCCUAUCUUUGGUGCCAUGAGAUCUGGAGGUUUUGCUAGGUCUUCACGUUGUAUCAUGCAUGCCAGGCCCCCGCCCUCACUUUCAUUACCUGGUAAACCUUUAAGAGGUUUUGAUUCCCAAGGAAGCGCAGCUCUCUCUGUGCAGCACUUCGGUUUAUCAGGCCCUCGAAUCAGACCUUCAUCAGAUAUUGUUUUAUUUGAGUGCAACGUUCAAAAUAGUGUGUCUUCUGCACCUGUUUUAUUUAGAGAAAGAAAACAAAUAAGAUUGAGAUUAGGCAGGCAAGAAACAUACAGACGUGACAUAGUGGCAUGGGAUGAGCUAUUUCAGCUUCAGCAUGAGGAUGGAUACUGGGAAUGCACCGGGAGGCUCAGUAGCUUCCUCAGCCUGGACGUAGACUUUUUUGCUAAUGUCUUCCUUAAAGAGAAAGGCAUUUGUUCACUGGGUAAGAUUUUUGUUGUCAAACUGGUGAAAAGUUUUAAAAUAAUAAAGAUAACACAGUGUUGACAGAUAGA